GUAUUGUUCGUUCAGCUGAAAGACCUGGCAAGGCAACCAACACAUUUCUCAACUGUGUAGAAAAGAGAGAAAAACAGAGACUGCGUCCUAUCCUUAUCAUCGCUUCAGCAUGUCUGGAAUUGUGCACAAGGAAAGCCUCCCAGGGCAGGGUAACAUCAAACGACGCCGCGUCGACGGUCCGUCGCCUGCGGCGGUGUCGAUGACAAAAGCGAACGAAGAGGCGAACAAGGCAGCUUCCCACAGCGAGGACGGCGGCGAAGGGGAGAGCGACUUGCGGGCCUCGCCAGCUCAAAAAGAGCACCUCAAAACCUCGACCGACCAAUCUACAGCAGCGGCAGCAAUGACAUCUAAAUCUGCUCAAGCAAGCAGCAGCAGCAGCAGCAGCAGUGACAGUGAUGAUGACGACAGCGACGACGAAAUCGAACGCGAAAACGCGCGCUUAGCGAAGCUGCGCGAACAGCGCCACCGACAUCAGGAGAAGUCAAGCAGUGGCGCGACCACCUCCAGAGAGGCGGCAAAAUCGGCGAAUGCGCCUCCCGAAAGACAAGCAUCUGCCAGCGGUGUAGGCGCAAACAGCUACGACCACGACGUUCUCUUCCGCAACGCAGCGUGGCGCGUUUCGUCAAGGCCGACCACAGCCGACGGGAAGCAGAAGGAGAAAUGGAACUCGGUGUUGAACCGUACGCAGGACUCCGUUGCGCACCGCCACUUUAUGAAGAAGUUUUUCAAAUAG